GGUAAAUUUCCGAAGACCAGCAUUCCAUGCUUCGAAUUAGCGACGGUGUGCAUAGAAGAAAGGCACCAGAAAAAAGAUGGAGAUGGAGCAGCUGCUAAGCAUGGGUUUUCCAACCGAGUUGGCUACCGAAGCUCUGGCGGCCACCGGCGGCAAAUCCACCCUCAAAGCCACCGAAUGGAUACUUUCACGUAAGCCUUCUGACGCUAAUUCUAAACCGCCGCCAAACCCUUCUCCGCUCCAGCCAAAGCUGGACCGCUUCUUCCUCUUGCAAUCAAAUUCGAAACCCAACUCCUCAAGUUCCCCACAACCCACUGCUGGAUACCUCGAAGGACGACGAGAAGGACAUGACGAAAUGACUCCUCUACCUUCAAACUCUAAGCGGCCCAAAUUACUGCUAGAUACUGCCGUCAGCCACGAACCCUUAUCAGAACGCAUGCGCCCUUGCAACGUGGAAGACGUCGUCGGCCAGGAUCAUCUUCUAGCCCAAAACUCUAUCCUCCGCUCCGCCAUCGACUGCAACCGCCUUCCGUCAAUUAUCCUUUGGGGUCCACCUGGGACAGGUAAGACCUCCAUUGCUAGAGCAAUUGUGAAUUCCACUCCCCAGUAUAGAUUUGUUUCUCUGUCAGCAGUGAAUUGUGGGGUUAAGGAUGUGAGGGAUGCAGUUGAAAAUGCUGGGAAGAUGAAAGUGAAGAGUGGGAAAAGAACUGUCUUGUUUGUGGAUGAGGUUCAUCGGUUCAACAAGUCUCAACAGGAUUCUUUCUUGCCUGUCAUCGAAGAUGGUAGCAUUGUGUUUAUAGGUGCCACCACGGAAAACCCCUCCUUCCAUUUGAUCACGCCACUGCUCUCACGCUGUAGACUUCUUACCCUCUAUCCUUUAAAGCCUCACCAUGUGCAAACCAUUCUCAACCGGGCAAUCAAUCAUUCUGAUAGGGGACUGCUUAAAAGCAUAGGUGCGAAAGUUGAAGUGGAUGAAGAUGCUGUUAAAUUUUUAUCUGAAAAUUGUGAUGGAGAUGCCCGUGUUGCCUUGAAUGCCUUGGAGAUUUCUGCUACCACUGCAUCUUCCCGAAUAAAUAAUUUAUCCUCAAUCUCAUCAGUGGUUAGUGUUACUUUGGGUGAUGCUAAGGAGGCACUUCAAUGCAAGCAUCUUGCAUAUGACAAAGCAGGGGAAGAACACUAUAAUCUGAUCAGCGCGCUUCACAAAUCUAUGAGAGGAAGUGAUGCAAAUGCUUCCAUUUAUUGGUUAGCGCGAAUGUUAGAAGGCGGUGAACAACCACUUUAUAUUGCUAGGCGUUUGAUAAGGUUUGCGAGUGAGGAUGUUGGGUUGGCCGACCCUUUGGCACUUAACCAGGCUGUUGCUUGCUACCAAGCUUGCCAUUUCUUGGGCAUGCCCGAGUGCAAUGUGAUUCUCGCCCAGUGUGUGGCUUACAUGGCUUUGGCUCCUAAAUCCAUUUCUGUGUAUCAAGCAAUAGAGGCUGCACAGAAGAUUGUUAAGGAAUCGGUUGGACAAAAUGAGGGAGUGCCUCUCCAUUUGAGAAAUGCUCCAACUAAGCUAAUGAAAGAGCUUGGUUACGGGAAGGACUAUAUCUACACUCCCCACAAUCCAUCUUCAAAGCAGACCUAUUUACCCUCUUCACUUGAGGGCUACAAGUUCCUUGAUUGGCCUCCCGAUAAUGAGUGAUAAGCAGGAAACGACUUGAAUUUGAUCACUACAAAACUUUUUGACUGUGAUAGCUAAUGCUGGUUAGCAGUCCUGAUGAUUUCUGCUGCAAAAGCCCGUUAUUUGUUCUAACAUCAUCCUGUUUUACUGUUUUAUAACUGGAUUGAAACAUAUAGAGAAACAUGCUAAGCACAGUAAGGAAUACGACAUUAAUGUACUAGACCAUUAGUUGUUUAUAUUGGCAAAGUUCCAGUGAACUAUAUCUUCAAGUCCUUAGUGAUUUCCUAAAUUUAAGCUGUCAAAAUUUUGCUCAGUUGUUUUCAUUAGCUAAA